CCUCUCCAAUGAAGUCUCCGCCCGUUUCGACACUCCUCCAAAUCAAACCCAUUUUAAAUUAAAAAAUAAAAAAAAGUCACCGCCCCCACCCCCUCCCCUCCCCUCCCCUCCCUCUCUCGCCCCGUCCUAAACCUAACCUAACCUAACAUAACCACCCCUCCAAUCAUUUACCCCCAACCCCUCCUCCCUCUCCAAAAUGGCCUCUGAGCAAGACGACACCGUUUUCCCCGAAGAGGACCUCGACGACGAGUUAUCCGAUGGAGAAGAAGACGACGACGACGAAGACGAUGAGGACGACGACGUCAUUAACUCUGCCUCACCCUCCACUUCAUCUCCCGCCGCCAACUCCGUCACCGUCGCCUUGCCGGCAUCCUCUCUCCCUAUUGGUGAUCCCCCGAUUGCCACCUCAUCUAUCGCCGCCACCGCCGCCACCACCACCAUGGUCACCCCUUCCCCCAAACGACAUCCUACCGACCCCCAAGAGAAGAAGCCUCAGCCCCUCGACGACUCGCGCAGGUUAUUCCAGCGACUUUGGACGGACGAGGACGAGAUCGAACUCCUCCAAGGCUUCCUCGACUAUACGACAUCGCGAGGAUCCACCCACCACAACGAUACCGCUUUGUUCUACGACCAGAUCAAGUCCAAGCUCCAGCUCGACUUCAACAAGAACCAACUCGUCGAGAAGCUUCGUCGUUUGAAGAAGAAGUACCGCAACGUCCUCGCAAAAUCCAGUGCUGGAAAAGAUGUCUCCUUCAAGAGCCCCCACGACCAGGCCACCUUCGAAAUCUCCCGCAAGAUUUGGAGGAACGACGACCACAACACCGGCAGGUUCGCCGCCGAUGAUUCUGUUUUCGAUGACGAAGAUCCCAAUGUUAAAACCCCCACUUUUAACUUCAACAAUUACGAAGAAAUCGGUGAGAAAAAGAUGAUUUCGACGCCGAGGUCGCGCAAGCGGCCCCGAUCGCAGUCGCAGCCGCAGCCGGGGUAUCGGAGCGAAGAGAAACGCAUUUCAUCACAAGCUGAUAUCAAAGUUAACGGCAAUGAUAGUAUUAAUCAUUCUAAUUUGGGGGGUUUGAUUGAGGAGACGGUGAGGAGUUGUUUGUCGCCGCUGUUUAAGGAGCUGUUAAGCAAUGCGAUGGGCGCUGGGGGGAGAGGAAUUGGGUUUGGGUUUGGGGGUUUAGGAAUGAAUGCGAUGGCGACGAAUGUGAUCCCAUUGAGUUUCGGUGGUGGUGGAGGAGGAGGAGGAGGAGGAGUAGGAGGGGAAGGGGUGGUGGAUGAGAGGUGGAGGAAACAGCAGAUACUGGAGCUGGAGGUGUACUCGAAGCGAUUGGAGCUAGUUCAGGAUCAGAUUCGAGCGGCUUUGGACGAGUUACGGUCGGUGGGACGAUGAUGGGGGAGUUGAGUCGAUUGAAUUCUAAUCUAUGAGGAUAUUUAGUAAGUGGGGUUGGUUUUUCUUCUAUUAGUUAUUGAAUAUUUCUUGGUGUUCUUGAUUGAUAGCCGUAGCUGAGAGUUUUGCUCUUGGAUUUUAUACUUUUUUUUUUUUUUUGUUGAUUUUGAUACAAAAGCUGUUGAAUAAUGAUUCCUAAUUGUUUAGGUCUCGAUACUUUGUUCAUAAUAAUCUUGUAGAUAAUGGUUUGAUAUGUAGAUUGAAAUGAACUCGUUAGAAUAAUUCAAACAUAGUGGUUGCCAUCC